ACAGCUUAAUCGAAUGGCUCCUUCUUCUUCUCCGAUUGUUACUGAUUCACUGGAUCCAUCAACACCUACCGAAACUCUUGACAACGAUCUUCAGCCAUUCUUUGUUCUUCUCAAACCUUCAUCCCGAAGAAAAGAUAGAUCAUCAACAGGACAAGGUAAACUGCGAAAAAGAAAUGAGCUGUCUUCGCCGCAGAACACAAAGAAACAGGAAGGAAGUGUGAACGAAGAAUGUGACUACCAUUUGUUUAAGCCGCUACAAAUUGAAGCAUUUAACAGUGUUUGGUCAAGAAUCGAGUCCACCAUUAAGGAUGUUUUGAGAGAUCUCAAUUCUAGUGCGUUUAAAGACAUACAACGAUGGAUUCUGGAGUGCUUCAAUGCUGCUAGAUUGCAUGGAGAACCUAAUAUCACAGAAGCAACUCGAUCCUUUCCUAUUCUGAGUAAUGCUACUCCUGGUCAACUGUCCACUGCAUUGGUUAUUACCAGAAAUAUAGAAUUUGUUGAUGAUAUAUUGACCUUUGAAGAGCUCGGUCAUUUCUUGAAAUCCCAUGGAUGCCAUGUAGCCAAGCUUUCUUCAGUGGAUUUUUCAAUUAAAAACGGAAUUGCUGGUUGCUUAAAAGCUUUAUUGCGAGAGUUUCCACUGGGUGAAAUUGAUUCAGCUGAUAUUUCAAUCUUAGCAUCAUGGUAUAGAGAACAAGACAACAACAAUAAACCACUAGUGCUUAUCAUUAGUGAUUUGGAAAGGUGUUGCGGAUCUGUCUUAACGGAAUUUGUCCUGAUGUUGAGCGAAUGGGUUGUCAAGUUACCAGUCAUCUUAAUAAUUGGAGUUGCAACGACAGUAGAUGCCCUAAGAAAUGCUCUGCCAUCUUGUGCUCUCCAAUGCUUAUAUUCCUCCAAGUUUAUGAUUGGAACACCAGAUGAGAGAAUGGAUACAAUUGUUGAGGCUGUUCUUGUGAAACAUAGCACUACAUUUAAUAUUGGUCAUAAAGUGGCACUCUUUCUAAGAAAUUACUUCAUCAACCAAGAUGGGACAUUAACAUCUUUUAUAAGAGCUUUGAAGUUAGCAUGUUUGUUACAUUUCUCCAUGGAACCGGUCUCUCUCAUACAUGGGCAUAUGCUGGAAGAAGACCAAAAGGAUUGGAUAUCUGCAUUGUCACCUGAGAUUUUGUUGAAAUACAUGGAUGAAUUUCCAUCAUAUGAUAGGAGUCAAAUUGCUAGUCAAGCUGGAAAGAGCAUUGCCCAGGGUUUGUCAGAUUUGAUGACAGAGAAAAAGCUAUGGAGCACCGCAGUUCUUUGCCUAUGUGAAGCUGGAAAAUAUAGCAAAGUGCGACUGCUGGAUUUGUUUUGCGAAGUGCUCAAUCCAGAUUUGUACCCGCAUAGAGAUUCUGUUUGUCACAUCAGGAAUGAAAAAGAUCAAGGGUUGUCUUCAACAAAUGGCCACAGUCAACAAUACUCUUCCGUUCAAACCGGUGGUUUGAUUCGCCAAAUAGUUCGCAAAGUGAGGGAUCUCCCUACAGGAGCGCUUGGUCAACUAAUAAAGAGGUGGGAAAAACUUACCGCAGAUAUUUCCGAGAUUCAUGAUAAAUUGAAAACGUUUCAAUCUUCAGUAAGAUGUGAAGAAAGAAGGAGUCCACGCAAGAGUUCCAAGGACAUAUCCAAGAGAUAUGGAUCGAAAACUUCAUUAGACACCGACAAUGAGUUGACAAUGUUGAACUUGCAAGCUGUUGCAUUUAUAGAUUGCUUAGUUAGAAAUUAUAUGAGGCCAAUCGAAUGCAUGCCUUUUCAUGAAAUUUCCUGCUUCAAGAAUGUUGAGAAGCUUCAAGUGGUUUUGAUUGGAGAUCCAAGAAGAAGAAUUCAAGCUGAUCUGUUGGAUUCACAUAAGAUUUUAAGGUGCAGUUGCUGUAACAAAACUGGCAAUGCCCUAUUGCCAUCAAGACAGGAUUCCUCAAUUCUGUAUUCCCUGGCUCAAGAGCAUGGAGAUCUUAUCAAUCUUCACGAUUGGUUCCAGUCUUUUAGAACAAUUCUUCACCAAACAAAUAAACGGAAACCAAAGUCAAAGCAGUCACCCCAGCCAAAGAAGAGAAAAGAUACAGCUGGAUCUGGAGACCAAAAUGAAGCAUCAAUCCAAGCACGCUUUUGCAGAGCAGUUACAGAAAUGCAGAUCACCGGACUGCUUAGAAUGCCAAGCAAGCGGCGCCCAGAUUUUGUACAAAGAGUAGCAUUUGGACUUUGAAGGACGUUUGAUGCCCGGUAAAAACUUAGUGCAAUUAAAUUUACGUAAAAUUGAUAAUUGAGAGCUGCCAGAUGAAAAAUUAAUCAAAUUAUUUAACGAUUCUGUGCUUUCAAUUUCACGUGAGAUUUACUGCAGCUAAGUUUUCACCUUAAUGCUUUUUGUCAUUUCCUAAUUCUCUUAUUCCAGUGUAAUUAUAAUUUUAUUUUCUUAAAUUAUUUACUUCCUCAUACUCCGGUCAGCUCUUCGAUUAAUUGAUGCAUCUCAUCCAACACAAAGGAUUUUGAAGGUAAGGCCAAAAGGAACAACUGUGAUUUUU